AUGUUGCAAUACCCGAAAGUGAAGAAGAGGUCGGCAAAUGGAAUACACGAGCUAAUUGAAUGCUUCGAUCGACAUACGAAAAUUCUCGAUCAGCUAGGAGAAAUUACUACGGACUGGGGAGCGAUGUUGAUGCAGCUGUUGGUGUCGAAACUUAACGAUGAGUCGCUGAAGGACUGGGAGGAGCGUGCGGUCAAGAAAGACAAUCCUGUUUUCGCAGAUGUUAUGGAGUUUCUUGAAAGACAGACACGGAUCCUGGAUGCUGUAGCGGUCGAUCGACGUUCGGAGAAUCUGCCAUCACAUUUCUCCACCGCUAACUCCAGCUUCAAGAAAUCGGGUUCCAAAUUUUCUGUGCAUGCAACCACGGACACUCCCUCGAUGCAAUGUCUUCAAUGCAACGGUCGACAUUACAUCACAAGCUGUCCUGCAUUUGGCCAGAUGUCAUUAGAGAAACGUUUCCAAGUAGUCAACUCUAAGAAGCUGUGCAGUAACUGUUUGAAACAAGGUCAUCUGAAUCGUGACUGCACUUCGCGUUUCCGUUGUCGCACUUGUAGCAAGAAACACCAUUCUCUUCUCCACCCUGGAAUAGACGCGGCGGUUUUCACUCCAACUGUUAAUCCAACUACGCAGGUGCCGUCUUCGAAUCGGCAACAAACAAGCCCUUCCACACAUGUGGUUUCAACAGACGAUUCUUUGCAAACGGUGCAGAGUUCAGUGGCCACAAUUUUCGCUUCCAAUGUCGCGACAGAACAUCGAGAGUAUCAUGUCUUCCUUUCCACGGUACUGGUGUCGGUAAAGGACUGCAACGGGCGGUCACAUCUGGCAAGGGCGCUUUUGGACAGUGGGUCACAGGCAAAUCUUAUCUCGGAUCGUCUGUGUCAGAUUCUCAAGUUACCUCGGAAAGGAGUUAGUGUGCCGAUUUCUGGUAUUGGUAGUUCUACUUUUCGAGUUUCACAUUCCGUGUCGACGACGAGUUCAUCUCGAAUAAGCGAUUACUCAGUACCGAUGGAAUUCUUUGUAAUGAAGAAAGUGACUGAGGACCAACCAUCAACGACUAUCCCCAUCGGAGACUGGAAUCUCCCACCUGACAAACGUGGUGCGAUUGCCCUUCUUCUCGGAUUGGAAUAUUUCUACGAGUUCCUCCUGCUCAAUGGUGGCCGGGUUCAAAUCCAGCGCAUAGGCAACGGGCGUCCACUAUUCGUCAACACAGUAUUCGGGUGGGUUGCAGCAGGAAAGGUUAGCUUAGGUCGAAUGAAUCCAGUUCCCGUUUGUCAUGUGGCAGUUGACAACUCAUUGGAGCAGAAGAUCGAGCGAUUCUGGACUAUUGAGGAGAUUCAGGAAGUUCCGCGGCUAACACAAGAAGAAAUCGAUUGCGAAAAUCAUUAUAAAGUCACGUUUUCGCGUGACACCGAAGGACGAUAUGUGGUUCGGCUCCCAAAACGAUUGGGUUUCGAAAAGAUGAUUGGAGACUCAAGAGAAAUGGCGGUACGGCGAUAG